AUGGAGUGCUUUGAAUUUUUUAAUUCAUUUAAUGUCAUUACGUUAGUUAAUAAAUUAACGAUAAUCAUCUUUCUUCUUCUUGUGGUAAAAAAAGACCCCAAUUGCUUACUUUCCAAUAACGUUAAAAAAGAAAAACAAGAAAGAUCCAGUAUGCUUUGUUUUGCUUACAAUAACAAGACACAGAGAAUUAAGGUAUCCCCAACAUCGACACUCGAAGACUUACGUCAGCUGAUAUUUCAAAAAACUUCCGUUCCACCAUAUAGACAACAUUUGACUGUUGGUGAUCAAGUGCUUUGUGAUGAGAGUUUGACACUGACACAGCUGCAGUUAGUCGAGCCAGACCCAGUUUCUGUGACCGUUCGCUCUGUGUUUCCAAAACCGUCAUUGAAAGGGUUGGCGGUGUUCCAAGACCUGAUUUCCAUAUUCAUCCCACUUGUGUCGUUUUUCAUAUCGCGACUCUUAUCAGACAACAGUGCUACCAAACAAAACAGCCAGCAACUCAUCUUUAUGAUUGGGUGGUGUUUCUAUUGGGUUGUUAUAACAGUUGACGACGCUUCGUUUGCUCGAAAGGGGUAUGUUCUUUUCAAGCGUGCCUUUGCAUUUUGUUUUGUGUACUCUAUACUUUGUGUGUAUGUUGCUGCAAACGUAUUCUUUUAUCCUGUUAUCACUUCCCUCUUAUCGCAAAUAGUAGGGUUAGUGGGUGUGUUUAUUUCUGUUAUUUUGAGGAAAGCACUUCUUCUCUUUGGGUGCUCGUUUUCUCCAAUAUUGUUUGACUUCUCGUUUCAAAUAGCUGUGUGGACUUCAUUCAAUUUCAUUGUGGGGUUCCCAUUGUCGCUGAUUCUUUUUUCCGUAUUUUCAAUACUCCUCUAA